GUUAACGUUCAACGGUAGCGCGCACUCCGUACCCGCUACUCAGGGCUCAACGAUCCCGUGCUCUUAUGGCCGUGGUUUCCCCAGUCGAUUUAGCAAUGUAUUAAAAAUCCAGACGUUUGGAACGGGUUUGUCAUCAUUAUCAACCCGGAGGCUUUAACUUUUGAGAAAAAUGGAUCCUCAACUAGAAGAAUCGCUUUCUCCGGAAAAGAUUGCAGUUAAAAAUGAAGAUUCAAGAGAAUCUUCACAUAUCGAAACUCAAGAUGAAAAAUUGCAGAAUAUAACUGAUGUUCAAGAAGAAACUCAGAAAGAGAAACAACAGUCAGACUAUUCUUUUGGAAGUUUACGACUGUCACUGCCAGCAAAUACGAGUAGUGAAACGCUGCAAGAAGUUUCUAAAGGGAUAUCAGAAUUUACAGAUAUAAGCUUCCAGUUCUCUUUGGGAGAAACAACACUUAAUUGUCAAUCACAAAAAAAUUCUAUUACAAGCAAUCCAUGUGAAGAAACAUUGAUUAAAACAAUUGGAUGUGAAUCCAAAUCUUCAGAGAACAGUUUACGAUUUUCACUUGGAAUAGAAGAUAAUACCUUACUUCGAACUCGAGAUUCCUUCCCUGAUGAAUCCCAUAUUAAUGAAAAUAAUUCUGAGGAAGAAAAAAUAAUUAGUGAAAUCAAAGAGGGUGAAGAAAAUGGUGGAAAGUGUCAUCAAUUGCCUCAAGAAAUGCUCACAACUUUAAGUACCAUGCCGGAUGAAGAUUUAAAAAUUAGUGAUAAUCCUGUUGAAAUGCAAGGAAAUGAAAUGGCUGUUACCAUAACAGAAGAAAUGAGUGCCAGUUUAAAUCCGAAUCAAUUAAAGAUUAAGAAUGUAGAAUCUGGAGAGACAAGUCGUCAGCUUGCACAAGGAGUGGAAUCAGAUACUCUGAAUGCUGAAGUUAAAAAUGAUUUAAACAAUUCCUCUAAUGAAACACAAACAAAUGAAGCUGCAAAUGGUUUUGAUUGUGCAGAAAUUGGUUUUCAGGCACUAAUUGAAAAAGACCGUGCUAACCACUGUGCAAAGGAAGAAUUCAAUUUAGUCUCUGAAAAUGGUUUGGUUGAAUCUACCAUUGACAAUAAUCUUCAGCUAUCUGAAGUAGUGGGUUUAGAUCAAAGUAGGGCAAAUUUAGCAACCAGUGAAACUAAGCCAGAGGAUGUUCUUGAGCCUCAGCCAUCAGACAUCUUGGAUUUAGACCAAAGUAUGGGAGAUUUAACAAUUGGUGAAACUAAAGCUGAAGAUAUUCUUGAGCCUCAGCAAAUAGAAGUCUUUGAUUUAGAUCAAAGUAUGGUAGAUUUAACAAUUGGUGAAACUAAAUCUGAUGGUGUUGUUCUUGAGCCUCAGCGAAUAGAAGUCUUUGAUUUAGAUCAAAGUAUGGGAGAUUUAACAAUCGGUGAAACUAAAACUGAAGAUGUUCUUGAGCCUCAGCGACUAGAAGUUUUGGAAUUAGAACAAAGUAUGGGAACAAUCGGUGAAACUAAAUCUGAAGUUGUCCUUGAGGGUGAUAGUACGGGAAGAAGUCCUCUUAAAAAUGAUUUGAUUGUAACAGAACAAGAGGUACAAACAUCUAAUGCAAAUUCUGAACUGCCAGUGGACAGUCUUGAACAUUCUAAAAGUACAUCUGACUUCAUGAAGGAGGUUAAAAUACAAGAACUUAAUGAAAGUUUGCACAACUCGGUUACUGCAGAAAAUAAAGACGAGUUGCCAAAGGAUGCUAGCAAUUUGACAGGGGUCUCUGUUGAUGACAGUUUGCAUUUAUCAUUGUUAGAGGCAAACACUUCUUCUAAGAGUAUUCAUUUGUUGGAAGAUAAUGAUAUUCAGCUUCAUGAACCUCUCUGUAAAAAGUUAAAAUUAGAUGAUCUUGAAACUUUUGAGGAUGUAGACAAUUUGGAAUCUGAAUAUAAUCAGGAAUCGAUGGAUUGUAGUAUGCGUGUUUAUUGCGAGGAAACUGAUGAAAAGGUUGAUAUGAAUGAAUCUCCCAAAUUGAAGAUAGAAGAAAGUAAUGAAAAAUUGGUUGAACCACCUGCCGAAGAAAAAUUGAAUAAAAGUGGUAAAUUAUCAGUGGAUGGUUCGAGCGAUUCAUCUUUCAGGCAGAACAAUCAUGAAAAAUGCGCAUUACUGCCCCAGAAUAUCAAUGAACAACACACCUUGAUAAAAUCAGAUACAAACGGAUCAAAUGUUUAUUCACCAACACAAAAGAGCAAGUUUAAUGAUUCGAAUUCGCAAGAUUUAUACCAAAACAAAGAGAAUUUACCACCCAGGGAAACAGAAGCCAUUACAAAUAAGGAGCUGAUGGAUGAAUCACUACAUCAUUCCAUUUUGGAAUUAUCAAAAAAUGAACACAAAAAUAUUGAGCAUUCAACUGAAAUAAUAAAAUCUGAGAAUGCUGAUAUCUCAUUGAAUCUGUCCAUUUUGGAGAAGAGUACAAAUAAAUCGUUUAACCACGAAGUUUUAGAAAGUAUUAUGAAUAAAUCAAUGAUAAACCAACAAUCGACAGAGAAAGAUUACAAAAUCCUGGAAGAAUCAUCACUGUGUUACUCGGUUUUGGAAGACAUUAAGAAUGAAUCCAUGAAAGUUGGUCAAUCGCCUGAAAAAACAUUAGAGCCUGAAUAUUCUGUAGAAACACCGCUUAAAGCAGGUAAAGCAGAAACGAGCAUGGAUGGAUUUAUAAAAGACAAACAUUUGGCAGAAAAUAAAUCUGAAUUAUUGGAAGAUUCCUCGUUCCAUUAUUCACUUCUGGAAAGUGAUAAGGGAUUUGUUGAUACUAAGAAAGCAGGAGAAUUAAAUGUUUUGCCUAAAGCAUUGGAGGAAAUAGAUCGUUCAGUUUUAGAAACAAGUUUGGCUGAAUCAAUGAAAGUUCAACAAUUGGCUGAAAAAUCUGAACUUUUAGAUGAUUCCUCAUUGCAUUACUCACUUCUUGAAAGAAAUAAGGAUGUCUCUAUGGAUGCUAAAAAGGCCGAUGAGUUAUAUGUCUCGCAAAACAUAUUGGAGGAAACAUCAUUUAAUAGUCCAGUUUUAGAAAUCAACGAAUCCAUGAAAGUUGAACAAUUAGAAGAAAAAUCAGAGCAAUUAGAUGAAUCCUCAUUGCAUCACUCAGCUUCAGAAACAAAUAAUGAAGAUUUUGAAGAGACUGAAAUGGUUGCUGAAUUAAAUACUUUGCAACAGGAAAUGUCAUUUAAUUAUCCAGCGUUAGAAAUUAAUGAAUCCAUGAAAGUACAAGAUUUGUCAAAAGAAAAACUAGAGAUAUUUGAGCCCUCAAUCAUUGGGAACGAGGACACAUUAGAGAAUCCACUUUUGGAAAGGACCAAUGUAGCAUCAUUAGAUGUUCAACAAUUGGCAGAAAGCAAUUCAAAGCCUUUGGAGGAUAUAUCUUUGCCAAACUCCAUCGAGGAGAAGGCUAAUAAUGGCCACAUGGAAGUACAGCAAUUAACAGAAAAAAAGUCUGAGCAUUUCCCAUUUGAAGAAUCUUCAUUGCAUUACUCAACUUUGGAAAGUGCUGCAUCUUCCACUAAGGAAAAUUCUCAGAAGCUUUUGGAUGGAUCAUCAUUGCACUGCUCAGUUUUAGAAAGAACUAAAAAUGAAUCUGUUAAUAUUGAACCUGUAACAGAUUCUGAGAAAAUAAUAUUGGAUUUCUCUAUCGUCGACAGAACUAAGAAAGAACCUGUGGAGGUUCAUCAUUUGACAACAAAAAAUAUUGAGCUCUUAUUUGAUGAAUCAACAUUAACAGAGGUUGAAAAGUUAAUUGAAUUUCAAGAGCAAGGAGUCAAAGAUGAAAUGUCAUUGGAUCUUUCUGUCAUUGAUAAAACUAAGAGUGAACCUAUGGACAUUCAACAAACAACAGAGAUAAAUUCUGAGGUGUUCAAUGAAUCCUCAUUGCAUUACUCUGUACUGGAAAAUAUGAAAAACAAGCCAACAAAUAUUGAUUCUCAGGAUCAGAAUUUGGAAGAAACUCCAUUGGAUCUUUCUACCAUGGAUAAGGCUAAGAUUGAAAAUAUGGAGAAUAUAAAAUCAGACCGACAGCUAUUGGAUGAAUCAUCAUUGCAUUAUUCAAUGAUUGAGCAGUCGGGUGAGAAAAAAAUUGAGAAAAAGCUAUUGGAUGAAUCAUUGCAUUGUUCAGUUUUUGAAAGAAGUCAAAACGAAACAAAUGCUGAACUAUUGACAGAAUCUGUUCCUGAGAAAAUCGAGGACACAACAUUGGAUUUCUCCAUCAUCAGUAUGACUAAGAAUGAGGCAAUAAUGUAUGACUAUCAACCGUCAUCAACAAAGAAAUCCAUACAUAGUACAUUAGAUGAAUCUUCAUUGCAUUACACAGUGUUGGAAAGAACUAAAAACGAAUCCAUAACUGAACUAUUGGCAGAAUUGAAUGAGGGUCAAAAUAUAGAAGAAACAACAUUGGACCUCUCUGUUGUGGAUAGAACAAAACAUGAACCCACGGAUAUUCAACAGACAGAAAAAAAAUCAGAGACACUAGACGAUUCAUUACAUUACUCAGUUUUGGAAAGUACCAAGAAUGAAUCUAUGAUCAUUGAUCAUUCGAAUGAAUUUGAGAAACUCAAUCAGUCAUUUGAACUCAAUCUAGAAAAGUCUGGUGUAAAAAAAAAGAAAAAGGUAACAUCCACACCAGUGAAGGAUUACAAGUUGCAUAAGUCAAAAGAAGAGCAAAAUAACCAAUUAAAGAGCAGAAAUGUCUUAGGAAUAAAUAUCACAGAGAUGGAGCCAUUGUUUGAAGUUUCUAAUGAAAGCAACAGUGCUAAUCCAGCUGAAAGGUGCACUACAGAUUCAAAGCCACUUACCCCUAGUAGUGAGAAAUCGACUUGUGUGAUGGAAACUCCUGCUGCUAAACUAAAAGAUAAAUUGAAAAAAACCGAGGAGUUGAAAAAGCACUUAGAGCAAGAACUUUUGGAAUUAGCAGAAUUUACAACUUACGAAUUGCAGUGCAUGAAAAGUGAAAAAAUGGUGAUGUCCGAAAUUGAAAUAUUACAGUUGAAAAUGAACACGUUAAAUGAUAAUUAUGAGAGGGUAGUAAAUGAAAAUAAUAAAAUUAAAAAAGAAUGCCAAUAUUACAAAAAUAAAUACACUGAUGAAGAGGUGAAGCGGGAAUUAAAUGAAAACAGAUGGAUUAAAAGAGAAGCAGAGCUGAAAAAGAGUCUUGAUGAAGCUUGGAAUAGCCUAUCCAUAAUGAAGACUGCAAAUUCUUCUGAAAUGAAGAACAGAGAUGAUGAAGUGGUAAAUACAAACAGAACAAUUCAUUCAUUAGAAUCCGAAAAUGAAGCUUUGAGAAAAAUGAACAAGAGUUUUGAAGAGCAAAUAAUGAAAAAAGACGUUGAUCUGAAACAAUUAUCUGACUCCCUUUUUUCCUCAAACAAUCUAGUUUCGAGUAAAGAUUUGGAGAUUGAAAAGCUCAGACAAGAAAUAUCAUAUUACACCCAACAAAAACAAGAAUUAAUUACAAAAGAUGUAACGAUAAAAGAACUAUCUGAUUCAACAUUAUCUUUAAAAUUACUUGUGGAUGCUAAGGAACAAGAGAUUGAUAGUUUAAAAAAAGAAAUAUUGGAAGUUAAAGAAAAAGCUACAAUUUCCUACGAUGAUAUUGAAACACUAAAAGAAAAUUUUCAAAUACAAUUGAAGAACAAAGAUGAUAUUCUUACAGAAAUAAACAACUCUUUAAGCUCGGCAAAUAAUGAAAUUCAAAAGUUAAGGAAUGACAUUGAUUGUUUGAAUUCUGAUUAUACAGAACAGUUAAAACAAAAAGAAGCUGUUUUCCGAGAAUUGUCAACUAAUAAAAAUUUUGAAAUUGAAUUACUCAAAAAGGAAAUUGAUGCCUACAACGUUCAUAAAGUUGAUAAUUCUCAAGAUUUAGAUCGAAAAGACAAUGUCAUUAAGCAGUUGACGGAUUCAGUAACAGAUUUGACUGAAAAACUUGAUUGCAAAAAUUUGGAGAUUCAAGAACUCCUAAAUAAUCUUGAUUGCCAUAAAGAGUUGAUUGUAAUUGCGGAAAAAGAUCUGAGUACAUUAAAAAAAGAUUAUGAGUUGCGUUUAGAUGAAAAUAGUGCUACUAUAAAAGAGAUGUCUGAGAUUUUGAAACAGAAAGAUGCUGACCUUGAAGAAACUGUUAAUACCAACCGUUUAGAGAUUCAAGAACUUCAAACUAGUCUUGAACAUCAUAAAGAAAUGCUAUUAAAUCAAGAAAAAGAGCUGAGCACAUUAAAAGAAGAUUAUGAGCUACGGUUAGAUGAAAAUAAUGUUGCUCUUAAAGAGAUGACGGAGAUUUUGAAACAGAAAAAUACUGACAUCGAAGAAACAGUUAAUACCAAAAAUUUAGAGAUUCAAGAACUUCAAACUAGUCUUGAACAUCAUAGAGAAAUGCUAUUAAAUCAAGAAAAAGAGCUGAGUACAUUAAAAGAAGAUUAUGAGCUACGGUUAGAUGAAAAUAAUGUUGCUCUUAAAGAGAUGUCUGAAAUUUUGAAACAGAAAGAUGCUGACUUCGAAGAAACAGUCAAUACCAAAAAUUUAGAGAUUCAAAAACUUCAAACUAGUCUUGAACAUUAUAAAGAAAUGCUAUUAAAUCAAGAAAAAGAGCUGAGCACAUUAAAAGAAGAUUCUGAGCUACGGUUAGAUGAAAAGAAUCUCUCUCUUAACGAAAUUACAGAAACUUUAAAACAAAAGGAUAUUGAAAUUGAAGAACUUCAGAAAGUUAUAUCCAAUUAUAAUUCACUAGAUGAAAUGUACAAAGAACAAUUGAACAAGAAAGACGUUGUUUGUAAGGAUAUGACAGAGUCAAUAUCAUCUCUAACAUCUGAAAUAGAAAAUAAAGAAUUGAAGAUUGAAGAAUUGAGCAACGAAAUUUUAAAACUGAAUGAAAUAUAUAAUGCUAAAGUUGCAGAGGAAUUAAACAAUAAACACGAAUCUCUCAAAGUAUUAUCUGAUUCAAAGAAGUUGUUAGAAGAGAAAAAUUUGGAUAUUGAAUAUCUUCAACAGCAGGUAUCAGCAUUCAAGGAACAACUUUUGCUCUCUGAAAAAAACAAUGCGGAACUCCAAGACAACUUCAUUGGACAAUUGAAUAAAAAGGAUGAACUUUUGAAUGACCUAUCGGAAUCUGUAGCCUCUGCAGAAAAGCUUGUAGAAAAUAAAACUAUGGAAAUUAUAGAACUCCAAAAAGAAAUCAGUGUGCUGAAAGAGGAUCAUUUAAAUCGAUUAAAUGAAAAAGAAAAAGAUCUGAACAAUAUGAAAAGCUUAAUAUCUUCGCUGAGUAAUCAGGUUGAAAAUAAGGGUCUGGAAAUUGAAGAUCUCAAGGAAAUGAUAACAGUAUUAAAAGAACAACUUGCACAAAAUGACAAGAAUCUUGAAACAUUGAAACUCAAGUUUGCUCAGAUGUCAGAAAGUAAAGAUAACACAAUUGAGGAAUUAUUGUCAAAAUUAGACAGUCAAAAUUGUUUGAAAUGUUCCACAUUCCGUCAUCCCAACAUACCAAAUAUUUCACCUCAGAAGAAUAAUUGGAAUAAUUUAACCCUUUGUUUAUCAGUGUCUGAAAGUCCAUUGAAUUCCAAUUUCCAGUCAGUGGGUAAUAAAACACUAAGGUGUGGUUUAUUAGAAGAGAGCAUGCAGAUGCCGAAUCCUGUUCAUGAUUCUACGGCUCUUGAUCCGUUUAAGUCUGUUGUCAUGAACAAUUCAUUCUCUGAAAGUACAAAUAAAGAUAAUGGAACUGAUAGCAAUGAUUCCAAUUAUAGUACACCUUUGGCUUCAAGGAUGAACGAUGAAGAAUACGGUAUGAGUUCAGUAGUAGAUACGAAUCCAAUUAAAAAGGCUUUAUUUUACCAAUUAACGGAUGACACAAAUUUAAUUCAAUACAUUAAGAAAAUUCAACUCGUACUGCAACAGAUCGAAAAGAAUGGCCCUAAUGUCAAUCAGUCUUCAGCAGAUAUGCAUGAAUUUGUCAAGGAUAUUUGUGAUACGUAUUUAAUCGAUGAAGUCAAUUCUUAUAAAGAGCAGUUAGAAACGUCCUUGGCAAAAUUGGAACAGCUGAUGGAAUUAGAAAGUAACUGUCAAAAAAUGUAUCUAACUUUCAAUGAAAAUGGAUUUGAGAUCGACAGUAAAUCCAUAGCUGACACAGUCAAAAACUUAAUAAACGAAAAUCACUCUUUAAAACAACAUUUAGAAAUUGAAAAAAAUUUACAAAAUCAAUAUGUUGAAAUCAGCAAAAAGUGCACUGAGGUUGAACAAGAGUUGGCAACAUUCAAAGAAAGAGAGGCUCGUCUCCUGGCAGACAAAGCAUCAUUAGAUCAUUGUAUAAGAUUGAUUUCUAAACUAAAAGACAUAGUUUGCCCUGACUCAAUGCAAAGUAAUAUUUUUGAGGCCAAUGAAGCGCUUGACCAUUUUGAGACCGUCAUUACAGAUAUUGCUGAAAUAAAACAAGCGCUGAAAGAAAAUUCGGUCGAAAAUCUCUCUAGUUUGAUGAAAGAGCAUAAUGAAAAAUAUGCCGAACUUAAAGGGUCUUUCAGCCAGCUAGAAGAAAGGUACCAGAAUAGCCAAGCGCAGGUAAAUCAAUUGAAAACAGUUGUUGAAAGCCUAAAAGAAAUAAAAAAGAUAUCUAAACAAGUAUCAAUGUCCACAACAGAUUUAAAAGAUUGGACUGUUCAGAAAUUAGAAGAGUCAAAUAUUGCUUUAGCUUCAUUUAAAGAUCUAUUGAAAAAUAAAAUGGAUAUACAGAAUGAGUAUAACAUGACUGUUUCUUCGUAUGAAAGUCUUAAGAAAUCUUUAGAAGCCCUUGAAUCGGAGUUAACGGUAACAAAAAUGGAAAACAACAUGAUCAAAUCAACCUUAAAAGAAAUAGUUCACAAUGAAGAAAGCAUUGAUGUUCAAUUAAAUCUAAUAAAAUGUAACAUUGACGAGCAUAACUUUGGUAUGAAGGCUGCUCUGUCUAUCCUCAAUCAUGACAUACCUAAUAUGAAGCCAAGCGCAGCUUGGGACUUUAUCACGAAUAAAAUUCAAUCUCUACAAGAACAACUGUUGACUAAAUUUUCAUCCGACGAUUUGUACAACAGGGUUAAACAAUUAGAAAAUGACUUAAAGGAUGCAGAGAGCUUUAAGAGAAAUUUUGCCAAUGAAUUGCAUGGCCUUCAGCAGGAUUCAACUAGUGUUUUUGAUCUUAUGAAACUUCCCCUGAUGGAACUUCAUCGAAAAAUGCUUAUGACAAUAAUGGAAAAAGAACAGCAUUUGAUUGAUGACAUUAAAAGGCAAUACGAAGAAACAAUUUCUCUUGGCUCUGAAAAAAUCAACCAGCUCGAAGAAGAAGAAAAACGUAGAUCAGCGUGGUUAAACGAGUUGGAAAAGGACAACGAUAAAUUGAACUCAGAAUGUACCAAAAUAAAAGAUGAAAAUGCUAAUUUAAAAGUUCAAAUUCAGAAUAAAAUUGAAACAAUCCAAAAAAUGCAAAAAGAUCACCAAGAAGAAAUAAACAAAAUAAAUAACAGGUAUUUGUUUGAUGAAACAAUCGAGGUUAAUAGAGAGAAGAAUCCUAAUUGUUUCUGCCAACAAUCCCCAGCUCUUCAGGAACGUUUCAACGAUUUAACUUUUAAAAUAGAAGAAAAGACGAUUGCAUGCGAAAAGUACAAAAAGCUGGCAAAAGAAUUGGAAAACAAAAUCACAGCAAUGACUGAAGAACUUACUACAAAAGAUUCUGAAAUUAAAUCAUUCAAUCAUCGAAUUGAAUUGGCAAAUGAGACUUGUAAUAAAUUAAACAUUCAAUACCAAGAAGUUGUAGAUGAAAAUAAGGCAGCAGUCAUAGAGAUAACUGACUUAAAAAAUAAAUUGAAAAAUCAAAUUGAGAAGUAUUCUGUACUUGAAGGUAUUAAAAAAGAUCUGGUAGAGAAGGAUAAUACAAUAACAGAUUUACUUGAGAAAGUUUCAUCAUUGGAAAAGAAGCUCGAGUCUGAAAAACAAGAUUUAAUUGCAGAAAUCGAAAGUAUGAAAUCACAAGUUAACAAAUCCUCUGAAAAUAAUUGUUCAGAGCAAGUAAAAGUCCUAGAAAAAACUAUUUAUGAUCUAGAUUCCCGACUUGUAAAGCAGAAUAAAAUGUUGGAAGAAUCUGAAUCGGCAUACACCAAUUUGGAAAGCAAAUACAAACACGACACAUCACUAUUACAUAAAUUCAUAGAAGAUUUGGAAGUAAAACAUAAUAAAGUUGAAGGUUUGUUGUCUGAUAUUAAAACACAGUUAGAAAGAAAAGAAACAGAAAUCCAUGAUAUAUUUGUUAAAAUUAAAAUGCUUGUAGAUUGCAAUUCGAUCGAUGAAGCCAUUUCGAAAAUUAAGACUAAAUUCUCUCUUUGCAAAGAGUUGUCAGAUCAGCUCGAAGAAGAGAAAGAGACAAACAAACAGCUAUAUCAUGAAAAUGAAAUAUUGAACUCUAAUAAUAAGCAUAUUAAAAAACAAUUAAAUGAAAAAGUUAAUGAAUUGGAUCAUAAAAAUAAAAAAUGUUUAGAAGAUAACAAUAGCCUUUUUGAAAAAGUGACACUACUCGAAAGUAAAAAUCACUCUCUAGAACAGAAAACUGCAGAAAAAACUUCCGAAUACGAAAAUGUUAGACAAAAAUUGGAGAAAAUAAUAAAAUUAGUAGAGGUAAAUACAUUCGAAGAAGCUUUAACAUCCAUACAAACAAAAAUAUCCUUUUGUAAUGAUUUAAAAGAAAAACUGGCAGAUGAAAAGGAGGCAAACAAGCAAAUGGACAAUGAAAAUGAAAUUCUUUACACCGACAUAAAACACCUUGAAAAAGAACUCCGUGAUAAAAUGAUAGAAUUAGAAGGAAACAAUGCAAAAUUCCUUGAAAGCAACAAAGAAAUGUUAGAAAAAUUAAAAGAACUUGAGAAUAAAAAUCACUCUUUAGAACUAAAAAUAACAGAAAAGACUGCUGAAUAUGAAACUAUUAGAAAAAAGUUGGACAAUACUUGUGAAAAUGUUAUAAGAAUAGUUGAUGGAAAUACGUUUGAAGAAGCCCUGGUAAAUAUAAAGACAAAAAUAAUACUCUGUAAUGAGUUAAAAGAGCAACUGGAAGAAGAAAAGGAGCGGAGCAAACAACUGGAUAAUGAAAAUGAAAUCCUUUACACGGAUAUAAAACAUCUUGAAAAAAAUCUAAAAGAAAAACUCAUUGAACUGCAUGAAGUUGAACAAAAACUAAACGUUAAUACUGUCCACACAGAAAAAAUUAACGAGUUAAAUAGGAAAAUAAAAGAAUAUGAGGAGAAAGUUGUGUCAUUAGAAAAUAUCGUUGCAGCUAAAAAACUUCGAAUAGAAUCUAUUGAAAUGAAAUUCCAAGCAGAAGCUAAUGAACAAUUAAACUUAAGAAAAGAAAUUCGAAUAUUGGAAGGGAAAUUGAAGAGAAACGAAGAAAAAUUGAAGGCCUUUGGCAGAGAGCAAGAAAAGUUAAAUAGUGAUCAUAAAUUCCUUGAAGAAGAAAAUAUUAAAUAUGAACAAAGGAUUUCAAAAGCCGUCGCUGACUACAAGGCAAUUACCCUCGAAUUGAAAGAAGAACGUGAUAAAUUUGAAAAAGAAAAUGAAAGAAGAAAACACCUUGAAGAUGAGUUGAAUAAAUAUAAAACUGGAUUUGCUAACGAGCGUAAAGCUUGUCAAAACACAAUUGAAAAGCUUGAAGAAGAGAAGAAAACCCUGCAUAACAAAUUAGGUGAGCUUGAGUCAAAUGAAAAGAAAAGGCCACUCAAAGAAUUGCAGCAAAAUGAUAAUUUAUCAGAAGAGUUGAAAAAAGAAAUUCAAAAAAUUAAAACUGAUUUAAUGAUUAAGACAACUCACUCGACGUCUCUUGAAGCAGAAGUGGAGAAAAUUAAAGCCUCUUUACAUCAGAAAAAUAGUCUCAUCCAAAGUUACAAAACUAGGAUUUCUGAGUACAUGAGUAAAAACAAAAUUCUUCAAUCCAAGGUAGAAGAAUUUGAAAAAAGACCUCCUACCCCUGUCAUGCCAGACAGCUAUAAGUCUCUGUCAGAGCUCGAGUCGAGAGUCAAGGAAAGGGAAAAACAAAUUGAAAAACUUGAAGGCGAAAGGACAAUAUUGAAGAAAUUGGCCAGUCGAAGGCUGGCCAAAGCGACUGAAUAUGAAGCGAUUUUAAAGAAAUUGGGAUACACGCCAGGGCAACAGGAAGCUUCAAUGAGUAAUAGCCUACCUGGAUGUCAUUCUUCUAGUUCUAGUAUCUCAUCAAGACAUUUCUAUGUUAACUUCGAUGAUCUUUUAAAGCCAAGAAAUAAAUAAUUGAUUCUUAAAAAUCUUUUUGUUAAUUUUACAAUAAAAAGUAUGUUAAAUGGACAAUUUACAAUUAUUUAAAUAAAUAGUCUAUCAAUUGUAUUUAGUGACUAUUACACAACCUUUCAUUGUCAAUAAUUCUGUUCUAAUUUGUUGUUCGUAGAUUUCUCUCUCUCUCUCACUCACUCACUCACUCACUCACUCACUCACUCUCUCUCUCUCUCUCUCUCUCUCUCUCUCUCUCUCUCUCCCCUCUCCCUUCUAUCACAGGACCUGUGAUUACAGACACCAGAUAAUUAUGGGUGCCACACUAUUUUCCUGGGGAUAGUAAGCCUAUUUCAAUUAAAUUAAAGUUAAUGAAAAUAUGUAAAUGAACUUUAUUUUUUAAAAAUAGUAAUAAUUAAGCCCUAUCUAAUUAGCCAACUCUGCAAUGAAUCAAAUGAAGCAAAAUAUUUAUUACAUAUUCUUAUGUUGUAAAGCCUGUUCUCUGAUGCAUUCGAUAUCUUGAGUCCUCCAGUGUCUUCCCUUUUUUCCCGCUCAAGUGUGCGCUCCCUUGAUCUUGACAACCUUUAGAAUUCCAAACAAUUAGAAGAAAAUCAUCAUUGUGUGUCUUUCUCUCUCUCUCUCUCUCUCUCUCUCUCUCUCUCUCUCUCUCUCUCUCUCU